ACCCGGAUCCUUCCAGGGGGUGCAAGUUCCAGGGAUGCUGGGAGCGCAGGACCCCUCCUAGUGGUGCAGCCUUCCCCUGACAUGGAAACAUGCUCGGUCGGGCCCGGGUGCUGACGGGUGUCCUGCGGGAGCAGGAAGCCGGGGUGCGGCGGGUGCCACCCAGCCACCGCUCCCAUCCAAAGUUGAGCAGCGAGAGGAGCCGCCUGCGUCCGGCACUGCCGUGGGGUCUGCCUCCCUGCUGGGGCCUCAAUGGCUCCAGUGCUGACAGCGGGGUCGGCAGCCACAGUGGCCUGGGGCUUGGCCACCACUGGCUUCUUGCUGCUGUUCCUGCUCCUCCUCUGCUCCUUCUUCCACAGGGCGAACCGGCCAGCUUCCACCCAGAAAACAAAAGAAAACUCUGAGCCUGUCCAAGGGGUGAAGCUGGCAAGGCUGAGCUCCAACAACAGGGGAGCAGCGCUGUCAGGAGGCACCCCCUCUCCUGAUGAGCUGCAGGAUAAACCCACAGCAGGGGACCCCAGGCUGAACGUGCCAGACUGCACACUCAAUUCCCACACACUCUCCGAACCAGCCUUGAGGACUCCAGAGUUUCUGCGGCACCGGGAGCUGCCGGUUCUGCCAGGGAAUGCCAGCACAACCGUGGUGGAUCCUAUGCCAGAUCCCGAUGGACGAAUCUAUGAAAGCAUCCGGUACAAAUCUGAGACACAGAAAAAGCCUGGGAAUGCUGACAGCACCACGGGGGACUCCCCAUCUCUGCCCACCAAGGAUGAGCUGAGCAUUUCCAUGCAGGAGAUCAUCACCCAGGAGGAGCCGGGCAGCGAGGGGAGCCCUGUCCCUGUGUAUGCCCGGGUGUGCAAACAGCGCCGGCAGCCUGCCAGGCCCCCUGAGCCCCAAGAAGAAGAAGAAGCUCCAUCACUGCCGGAAAAGCGCUUUGAUGUGGGAUAGGAUACCCUAGAGAUGGUUUGGAGCUGCCUCAAGUGGGCCUGUUCAUACAAGCUUGCUGGAGGGUUUUCCCAGCUGCAGACAGCAGCCAUGGAGAGCUGCCUGCUCCCUCCCCAGAUCUGACAUUAAGCAUAGGUGGCCCAGGUUAUCUCUUGCCAUCCAGCAUGGGGGUCCCUGGGUGUCUCCCCAGGACAUCCCCAUUGCCCAUUGACUUGUGGGGAGCGGGAGGUGGGUGACCCCCACGUGGGGCUGACUGAAGAAAAACCACAGAAGAAAAAUGUGUGAUUAUUUUUGGAGAAGGUCCAAAAAGAAUCCAAAAAUGAAUACGGUGUCUGGGGGUGUGCAUCAAGUCUGAGCCAGCAGGGUGCCAGCAGUGGCACCCUGGCUUGUGUCAGCAAUACUGUAGCCAGCAGGAUGGAGGCAGUGAUUAUUCCCCUUUACUCAGCACUGGUGAGGCCAUGCCUCAAAUCCUCUUUUCAGCUCUGGGCCCCUCAUUACAAGAGAGACAUUGAGGUGAUGGAGCAGGUCCAGAGAAGGGCAAUGGAGCUGGUGAACAAUCUGAAGCACAAGUCCUGUGAGGAACAGUUGAGGGACCUGGGGGUGUUCAGCCUGGAGAACAGGAGGCUCAGGGGUACCCUAUCGCUCCCUACAACUGCCUGACAGGAGGUUGCAGUGAGAUGAGAGUCUGUUUCUUCUCCCAGGUAGAAAGCAAUAGAACAAGAGGAAACAGCCUUAAGUUGCUCCAGGGGAGGGUUUACAUUAUAUAUGAGGAACAAAUUCUUCCCCUAAAAGGUUGUCAAGCACUGGAACAGGCUGCCCAGUGCAGUGGAGGAGUCACAAUCCCUGAAGGGAUUUAACAGACAUGUAGAUGUGGUACUCAGAGACACGAUUUAGUGCUGGCCUUGGCAGUGCUGGGUUAAGGGUUGGGCUUAAUGAUCUUAACGGUCUUUUCUAACCCAAAUGAUUCUGUGAUUCUACCUAGGUCGGACUCCCUGUUAAAAAUCACCUGUAGGAAUGUGUUACUUACAUGGAUGGAGAGCUGUGUAAAUAGUCCUUAAUUGCUAUUUUAAUCAUUUUUAACAGGCAUGCUGUGCUCUCCUUCAUCCCUGGGGCAGUUUGAAUGAGUUCUGCUGGGGGGACAAGCAUCCUGCCAUGAAGGCUCAAGCAGGGGUGCAGACAGCAGCUGAAUUUUGCUGGAUCCUAGGUGUGGGCUGGCCUGAUAGAACCGUGGGACUUGGCUUAUCUUCCCCCCUCAAAAAGCUGGCAGGGCCCUGGGGAGGCCUGGAGGGAAGCAUACAAUAGGAGCAGCAGUUAUAUGGCGUGACUGAGAUAACGCUGUUGUGCCUGCUUUCAGGAUGUCACUGUACCUCUGCUAUGGAUGCAACCAUCCACCAGCCCCAGGCAGUUUCAUGGGGACCAGCAUGGCCUCAUCUCCCUCUUCCCUGCUUCCCAUCACCUCUCUUUUGCCAUUUGAUGGCUGUCACCAGCAGAUGCUCAUCCUAAAGCAGGUAGACCCAAGGAGACCUGUCACAUCCAUCCCACCACUGAGGCACGAGGGACUGGCUGCUCCCAUCUCCCAGCUCUCCAUCCCAGCAGUCAUCCAUCCUCUCCUCCCUCCUUCUCUCACCAUAUAAACCUCCAAAGCAGCCUGGGCUACAGCCUCAAGAACUCUUCCUCCCCUUUUUGCUCCUGAGCUCAGUAUCCCAGCAAAAACACAAGCCAUGUCCCACCAGGAUGUGGCAUCAUCUCCCCAGACUGGGCUUCUCUCCUCCUGCGUCUGCCCCCACCAGCACCAACACCGGUGGCCACAGACCACAGUGGGGAAUGUGGGAGGUGACCUUGCCACAAUGUGGUGGCUUUCCUGAGGCUGAGUCAGGGAGAAUGAAAAGAAAAAAAAGGAUUUCACUUUAA